UGCCACGAAAGCAGCGCUCGAAGAUGUGGAGAUUCCUGAGCUGCAGUCUGUGCCUCUUUGUGUCCUCUCUGCUCGGUCUGCAGACCCUCCGGGCCUCCGCUGAGCAGCUACCCGCUGAGGUGAAGACUGAAGUUUUAUUCAAGCCCGAGGAGUGCAGUCAGAGGAGCAAGAGAGGAGAUCUGAUCAAUGCACACUACGAUGGCUACCUGGAAAAGGAUGGAUCACAGUUCUACUGCAGUCGGUCAGCCAAAGAUGGACAUCCUCAGUGGUUUGUGCUGGGUGUCGGACAAGUCAUCAAGGGCCUCGACAUCGGGAUGAUGGACAUGUGUCCCGGCGAGAAACGGAAAAUAACAGUUCCAUCCGAACUGGCUUUUGGAGAACAAGGCAAAGGUCCGGUCCCUCCAAAUGCUACGGUGGUCUUUGAGGUGGAGGUGUUCGUGGUGUCCCGGGGGCCGCGCUCCCUGGAAGCCUUCCAAAAUAUGGACCUCAAUAAAGACAAAAGUCUAACGAAGGCUGAGGUGCAAGAGUAUUUGAAACUGGAAUACGAAAAAGGCGGGAAGCCUCGAGACGGCCCUUUCUAUGAGAAGAUCAUGGCAGAUAUAUUCCGCAAGAACGACCACGACGGAGACGGCCAGAUCAGUGUGAAGGAGUACGAUAUUUAUAAGCACGACGAGUUGUAGCCUGUGUGUAACGUGGAGGUAGAAUAGAUAACAAAUCUAAAGGGAACAUCCGUCCACACGUGGUGGCUAGCAUUCUUAUCUGCUAAUACUCUGCUGAUGUGUCACUAAGUGGCUUCCUAUGUUUCCCAGAAUGCCUUUAGAGAGCUCCUGUGGUGCCUUGUGUUCAUCUUUUUUUCUUUUAUGUUUUUUUUUUUUUUUUUUAUCUUUUCAAACUUUGUGCAUCACGGAAACACUUUGUAUCAGAGUUUUUUAAAAUCUUGUUGCAAGACUAAAACAGUACUGAUUUGCGAACAAAGGACUGAGUGUGGUGGGUGGAAAUGAUCAGUUCAUCACUGAAAACAUGUUUACAAUGUGCAACAACCACUAAAUACGAGCAUCUUUGAGAACAAACUUUCCCAGCUGUCUCUGAAUUUCCCGCCCACAAAUCUGCACAGACACAAGAUGCACAGUCUAAAGUGGAUGUACACAUUGAGAUGUCCAAUAAAAACAAGA